AUGAACGACCACUUCCGUUGUGUUGUUGUGGAACCGUUGGCUGGCGCGAAAAAUUGGUCAGCAGAGUAUCGCUUAUCGGAUAUGAGCGCGUAUGAUUACCAUGUAUUCGUAGCUUCAUGCCACACGACCUCGUCCUCGUACUGUGUAACGAUUUGCAUACGCGUCGAAGAAAACCCGAAAUCGAGUGAGCUGGCCGCCCAUGGUAAUGAUGAUAAUGGCGAUGAUGACGACGUUGUCGGCAAUGACGAAAGGCAUAAGGCGAAGGCGAAAGCAACUAUUGGUUCCUCGCACAGUCUGCUCCGUGUGUCAGAUCAUGGUGGAGGCUUAGCCUUCAUACUGCAUAACACCGUGCAUUAUCGUCUAAUCGAUGUUUACAUCAACCGCAGGGACACUAUCUUUGAAUGUCAGGGUAUAGCUGCAACUUUAACGCGCACAUUCUGCACAAUGAAUGACGAAGCCGCCACCAGAAUUAUGGGCUCCUGUAAUAGCUCGCCAGAUAUUAUCAUCGCUAGCGGUGGCCUGAUAAAUAGCAUAACCUGGCGACCUAUGCUGACUCUCGCAUCAGACCAUCUGUCCAUUAUUACCUCGAUCGCGAAACCUCCCGACUUUAUUUCUGUGAACAACCGCACCUUUGUUAACUUUAACAAAUCUAACUGGGUGGGCUUCACAGAAUUUAUCGAGAGCACCUUCAACGCACUACUCAUUCCUACGGAUGUCAUCGUUGGCGAGCGUCAUUUCCACAAGGGGAUCGCUGCUGCUACUGCUCGCUUCAUACUGGCUGGAAGUAUCGCGGAACUCCGCCCUAAUUUGCCAGCCGAAGCAGCUGUAUUAGCAAACGAGCGCGCCACCUUACACCAUGCCGAUCCCUGUGGUCCCCGAAUAAUUGAUCUCAAUUUCGAGAUUCGGCAAAUCGUAAAUCAGCAUAAGCGGACAAAAUGGAUAGAUCAUUUGAAGUUCUGCAACUUCUCAACGGGGUGA